GUGUUAGUGAAGAGAGAGCAUCGCUUGGUCAGUGGAACGUACCUCCUUCAGGAGGGGGAACAGGGCAGAAAAUCCCCCCUCCCCCCAAAAAGCAAGUGGAAAGAAUGCCAGAGAAGGCUGGGCAGCAAAGGUUGAAUUAAGCCCUGGGCAAAAUCAUUUUAAAAAAAGAAGCACAAACACCAUUAGAGCCACUGAAGAUCAAUUUUGUUAAAGGAUGGAUUCAGAGAUUUCUCCACGGAGCUGCUAUCAGUGACACAUCCUAGUAUACAGACUGGCAGUUGCUCAGAGAAAUGAUUAGAAGCCAUCGUUCCAAGAACAAAGGAAGUUGCCUUUAAAUCAAGAAAGGUGAGUGGUAACAUUUUCCAAGGUCUCUGAACAUCAAAGUGGAGGAGCAGGAAGACAAAAGAGGAAAUUGCACGCACAUGCUCACACGGACAAAGCUGUGGUGUGCAGUGUUUUUUUUUCCUCCUCCCCAAGCCAAGGAAAGAGACAGAGAGGGAUGGUUGCAAGAUGAGCAUCGGAGUCUCAAGUUGACAAAGAUUUGCAUGAGAAAAGAACAAGAGGCGCUUCCUGGGCUGCUUCUUGUCUUUGAAGACUUGCCACAGUCAACGGCACUGCAAUGGCUCGGUUUAAAGCUUCAACACAAUUCACAAGGAAAAUAUUUGGACUGCAACUUUUGGACAGUUUUCCUGCUUUGAAGUAGUUUGUCAUGCUUUACCAGUGUGAACUCUGUUGACCCACAUCCCCCCCGCACUUCCCCGUUACUUCAGGAUUUUUUUGCCCCCUGAAUCAAAUAGCAAUUUGUGACACUUUGAAAUCUUGGAGCUGCAGUGGUUCUUUAGCAGCUCUGGCUUCAUCUCAAAUGCAAGCAAAGCGGGAAAGCUGUAGGGGAGACCUCCCUUUGCUGUAAAUGAAGCCUGGCGACCGUUUCCUGAAAUAGCAUUUUCAACCGCUCCCCUUUUCAAAGGCCAUGGAUCCUGAACAAAGCAAGAGGAGCACAAAGAAGGGGGAUGAGGUUCCAAGGAAAAGGCUCGUGAAAGGAGAAGCUUUUCAAAGCAGUGUCUCCUUAGUAACUUCAUAUCCGAGCAGCUCUGCUCCACUGCCAGGCUCUCCCCUCCAAGAUGUGGCACCCCAGCAAUGUUUUUCAAGGAAGGAAGCUCAGGAGAAGGCAGGACAAACGCAACCCAAGCAUUCCUCUUUUGAGCAUCCGUCCCAUGUUGCCCAGCUUCAGCAGCACUCAUUGUCAUCAGCAUACAGGACUCCCCGGAAGCAAGAGCACAUUCUUGAAGGGCCCACAUGGCAGCUAGUUGAUCCAGCAAGAUCAGUUCCCUCGGGCUCAUUUCCUUCCUCUGGGCUCCCUUCCAGCCAUGGUCAGAUCUUACCAUCCUGCUCAUCUGUUCCUACUGAAGAAGACAAGCCCCCUGUCCAAAAGGUCUACAUCCCUCGUACUUUGCAGGUUUCUUUGAAACCAUCUGAAGAAGGACAUAAGAAGGAAAAGAAGCCACAGAAGCCAGGCAAAUACAUUUGCCAGUACUGUAGCCGGCCUUGUGCCAAACCAAGCGUUCUCCAGAAACACAUCCGAUCCCACACAGGUGAGAGACCCUAUCCAUGUGUUCCCUGUGGCUUUUCUUUCAAAACCAAAAGCAAUUUGUACAAGCACCGAAAAUCUCACGCUCAUCGCAUCAAAGCUGGGUUAUCUUCGGGGACUGCUACUGAGUUGUACCCUUCUAGCUUGGAGAUGGAGAAGAUGGGUGGAGAGGAAUUUGAAGAGCCUACAGAAGGAGAAAGCACAGAUUCUGAAGAGGAGACCAGGAGCACUCCAGGCCAUUUGUUGGAAUUGUCAACCAGGCAAAAGCAAACUAUGUUGUAUGGGGCAGGAAGUCAAGGUUCAAGCCAAGAAAGCUGUUCUUUCUCCCAUUCUAGCAUGUCUCAAUCCCUUGAUGACAGCAGUGCUUUUGUGGAGCCAUCUUCAGACCUUGCCCAAAGUCAUAAAUCAGAAGAAACACACACUAUUAAACAAAAGCUUGCACUCCGGCUAAGUGAGCGGAAGAAGGUUAUUGAGGAACAAGCUUUCCUUAGUCCUGGCAGUAAAGGAAGCACUGAAUCAGGCUACUUCUCAAGAUCAGAGAGUGCAGAGCAGCAAAUCAGUCCACCAAAUACCAAUGCAAAAUCAUAUGCAGAAAUUAUUUUUGGCAAAUGUGGGAGGAUAGGCCAACGGACUGCUAUGUUAGCCACGACCACCACCCAAGAAUUUCCCCCAGUAUUGUCUGAAGAAAAGCUGAGCGCUGUUCCUUUGUCUGUGCCUCGGACACAGGUUAUUGAACAUAUCACCAAGCUGAUCACUAUCAAUGAAGCAGUUGUUGAUACUAGUGAAAUUGAUAGCGUUAAGCCAAGAAGGAGUUCUUUGUCUAGACGGAGCAGUAUUGAAUCUCCAAAGCCUGGCUCAUACAGAGAAUCAUUUCAGCUAGACAUCAAACCUGGUUCCAGUGGCCAACCAGAUCCAUCGAAGUCGUUGACAUCCCAUGUUGAAAAAAUGAAGCCUGAACCAUCAUUGUUAUCGUUCCAGCAAUCCCACAGUGCCACAGAGACAGUGCCUCUUCUAAGAAGCCACUCUAUGCCUUCAGCUGUAUGCACUAUGAGUUCUCCUCACUCCUUUAGAGGUAGCUAUUCUUUUGAUGAUCACAUUGCUGAAUCGGAGGUUUUAAGCCGCAGUCAGAUGUCUUCCCAUCCCCGGAUGCUAAAACGGCAGCCAGCUAUUGAGCUACCACUGGGAAUGGAGUACAGCUCAGAAGAGGUUAGCGCAGCAGGCAAAGAAAGCAUUUCCAGACCUCCAGAAGAACAAGAGACCAAGGAGAGUGAGUUGACCAAAAAGUCAAGAAAGGGAAUCAAAACAAAAGGAUUUAUGUACGAGUGCAACAUUUGUGGUGCUCGGUAUAAGAAAAGGGAUAAUUAUGAAGCCCACAAGAAGUACUAUUGUUCAGAACUCCAGAUCUCCAAACCUCAUUCUUCCAGUUCACAUACUUUGUCAGAAAUGGAGAAAGGUUUGAUGGAAUCUGAUCCUGGGCCACAAGUGAUGCAUUAUAAGCUGGGAACUAGUUUAGAACUCACUCCACUGAGGAAGAGGCGAAAAGAAAAAAGUCUUGGUGAUGAUGAAGAUCCACCAGCUUUUGAGUUGACUGAAACAUCCUCUUCUAGAAGCGGGCCAGCCACUCAGUUUAUUGGGUUGAAAUCUAGUGAUGUGGCCUUGAACCUCAGUUCCAAGUCUGUGAAGCCAACAGUGGAUCCCAGUCAAUCCAUACCCCUUUCUGAUGUUAGUAUAAGUUUUCACCCUAGAACUGCAAAUCCACCAUUUACUACGGAAGGCAAAGAGAGGAGAACAACCUCAAAGGAGAUCUCUGUCAUCCAACAUACAAGUUCUUUUGAGAAGUCUGAUUCCAUAGAACAGCAGAGUGGCUUAGAAGGAGAAGAAAAGCUGCUUUUACCUUAUGUCUCCCAACCAGAAGUCCAGCUUGGCCGACCAACUCACUCCCUUCAACCAAAGCUUGUGCGCCAACCUAAUAUUCAAGUCCCUGAGAUUCUGGUCACUGAAGAGCCUGACCGGCCAGAAAUGGAGCCUGAACCUCCACCAAAAGAGCCAGAAAAGAUGGAGAAAUUUCAGUGGCCACAGAGAAGCCAGUCUCUUUCCCAACUUCCCGCAGAGAAACUGCCACCUAAAAAGAAGAGGCUGAGGCUAGCAGAAAUGGCCCAGUCUUCUGGAGAAUCCAGUUUUGAGUCAAUCAGAAGCCCAAGUCAGGAAAGCAGCAUCUCCCACACUUCUAGUCACUCAGCUUCUUUUGAGCGAGAGGAAGCCGUUUCUCAGUCCUCUGAAUCCCAUGGUAAACCUCUUGGCCUUGGCUCCCACAUGUUAACAGUACCAAGUCCCCAUCUCCACCACCAUCACCAUCAUUCCCGAGAAAUGAGGAGGUCUGCUUCUGAACAGACACCCAAUGUCUCACAUUCCUCUCCAAUGUCGGAGAUCCGCAGCAAAUCAUUUGACUAUGGGAGCUUGUCUUCAUCUCCUUCUACAUCCCAAACUCCAACAACAUCAGCUCCACAGGAGAGGAGAAAGUGCUUUUUGGUCCGGCAGGCAUCUCUCACCAGGCAUCCAGAGCAUGAACCAGACUCUGCCUCCAAAGGAGCAGCUGAGACAGAGGAAUCAGCGCAGACUUCAAGUAAAUCUCCUGCUGUAAGCUUAUCGUACCAGCAGCUGCCUUCCUCCUCUUCCUCCUCUUCUUUUUCUUCUCACAGAGGGUACCCAACUGACAAGGAUCAGCCAAAAGACUGUCCCGAGUCCUCAUGUACAUAUCCCUAUACUGAAGCUCUGCAGGUGGUCCAUCAGCCUGUCCCUCAUUUAACACUUCAUGAAAAACAGUAUAUGGGCCCACAGAUCUCUCUUUUACCGUUCCAGCAUCUUUUGCCGCCACUGGAACAGUCAGUUGAGCUUUUCUCCACUCAGGCCAUGGCAGACAUCUUCUCCACUCAGUAUUCCAUCCCUCAGGUUCCUCAUUCCAUAUUUCAAAGUGCAGCACUUCCUCUUCAAGAAGCUUUGCUGCAUCCAGGCCAGUUGCACAUUGCCCCUCCACUGCUGUCACACCCAGCUAAUAUUGUACUCAGGCAAAGCCCAUCCAUCAUGCCCUUACAUUGCCCAGGAUCCUCACCACUCCCUUCUGCAUUGUUUCUGCCUUUUCAGUCCCAGCUUGCUCUCCAGUUGCCAAGUGACAUUGGUGCCCAUUUGCCCCAGCUCAAAACCAGCCUCUCUCCUGAAAUAGGAAGUCGUACCUUCUCCCCAUCUAUAGAUUAUAGCUCUGAGAGCCAACUGCAUAUUUUAACUCGGCCAAGCAGCCCCUCUGCAUCUAUCUCCAUUUCUCAGUUGGUGGUGCCUGCCUGUUCAGAGCCUGUGGUAUCUCUUGUUGUCCCAGUUCGCAUUCAGGCUAACAUGCCAUCCUAUGGAAGUGCAAUGUACACAACUCUUUCCCAAAUCCUAGUCACUCAGUCCCACUGUAGCGCCUCUUCAAUCAUACUGCCAAAAUUUGAGGACUAUCAGACCAAGGGCACUUUGGUCUGCACUGCUAAUGUUCACAGCGUUGGUCUUGAUUUGGCACAAAUGAUCACAGAUGAGCAGAAGACCCUGUUCCACCAUCCAUACCUGCGGCUGCCAUUAUCUCUGUCAGAAAGGAAAGGUUACUUUCCCCUGGGCUCCACACCUGAAAGCAUCUUGGAUCUUGAAGGGAGCCCAUCAAAUGCUGGAGGAAGCAAGCGGAUGCUUUCUCCAGCUGGGAGUUUGGAGCUCACCAUGGAAACCCAGCAGCAAAAACGGGUGAAGGAAGAAGAGUUCUCUGAGGCAGAAGAAAAGCUGGAAAUAGUGAUGAUGUCCAGUGCAAUAGAGGAAGGGAAAAAGCAUGAUCAAACGGCAGCCAAGGCAGAAACACUCCCUAAUAUAUUGUCUAAACAGUCAGAAUCCCUGAAAGGCCAGGCUGCUUUAAACCUGGUCUUGCCACAGUCUGAGGCCUCUAGCCUUGAAGGUCAAAAGGAAUGUAAGCAGCCAGCAGGAAAGAAGCUUGAAAGCAAGCAUGCUCCUGAGAUAGUGAAGAAGGAAGAUUUGAAAGAAUCAGCGGAACCCUCGGUGGCAAGCCCUCUGAGCUCAGCAUGUCCCUCAGAGGCUGCUCAAAGCUCCGAGAAGUCUCAGGACAGUACAGACGUUAAGAAGGUACUUCUGUUCCCCAGUCUCCACACAACUACUAAUGUCAGUUGGUGCUAUUUAAAUUACACAAAACCAAAUCACAUUCAGCAAGUUGACCACAGGUCCUCGGUGUAUGCCAGCUGGUGCAUUAGUCUGUAUAAUCCCAACCUCCCUGGUAUAUCUACUAAAGCCGCCCUGUCACUCCUACGCUCCAAGCAAAAGGUGAGCAAAGAAACCUACACCAUGGCAACUGCUCCACGUCCAGAGGCAGGGAGGCUUGUACCCUCAAGUUCCAGGAAUCCCAAAAUGUCUGAGGUUCAUCUGCCUUCACUCCUUCCCAGUGAAGGUCGAAAAGAUGUAAUGCAAACCAAUAAGGAAGGGGAUAAAAGAGGAAAAACUGAAGAUGACAUUCCUGUAGCCAAGCGAGGAGAACCAACCAGGAUCAAGAUCUUUGAAGGAGGGUACAAAUCAAACGAAGAGUAUGUGUAUGUGCGAGGCCGUGGACGAGGGAAGUAUGUAUGUGAGGAGUGUGGAAUUCGCUGCAAGAAACCCAGCAUGCUGAAGAAACACAUUCGCACGCACACAGACGUCAGGCCCUAUGUCUGCAAGUACUGUAACUUUGCUUUUAAAACCAAAGGGAAUCUGACUAAACAUAUGAAGUCAAAAGCCCACAGCAAAAAAUGUCAGGAGAUGGGUGUGUUGGCGUCUUCACUGGGGGAGCUGGAACCAGAGGAAGGAACUACUGAAGAUCUCUUCCAAGAUUCAGAAGGACAGGAGGGAUCUGAGUUACCUGGACACCAGUUUUCAGACUUGGAAGAGUCUGAUGAUGAUGAUGACAAUGAAGAAGAAGAGGAUGAGGAGGAAGAAGAAGAGGAGGAGGAAGAGGAAAACCAAGAGGAGUCACUUGGAAAGCCUUCUGAAAUGAAGAACGCUUCUCUUCCAGGGCACUCUCCAAAAAGUUCUCUCUCUUCCCAGGAGAAAGGCACCAGGACAACCUUGUCCAUAGUGGAAGACGUUCCCUCUGGCAGUGAGAGUGCUGUUCGGUGUCACCAGAUGGCCUCCUUAGAGCCCGAAAUGAAAUGGUCAGCUGACAGCAGUGAAGUUGCUGUCUGCCACAGCUUGUUAAGACUUCAUCGACCAGCUCUGUCCUCUAGUGCACUCUCAACUUCAGCUGAGAAGGAAUCUGUUAGAAGACCACAGAUGCUCUUAGCAAUGGAUUUGUCAAUCUCCAAAGAUAUCACUCCUAGAAGGAAGUGUUCCCCAAGCAAGGACUCUGGGGCUAGCAGUGGUGGAAACAACCGGUCAUCGUUGGCUCGAAAGCAUCUGUUAACCAAAAAUGAAACUUCACCAAAAAGAUUGUCAUAUACUGGAGAAACACCCUCCAGUCACCAGACUCUGAGGAGAGAGUCAUUGGUCCUCUGUAAUUCAUCACCAAGACUUGAGAUCUCACCAAGCAGGUACCUUUCUUCAAAAAGAGAGCUCUCGUCACCAUUAUACCUUCCGCCAGCAAGAGGGGUUUCUCCGGUGAGAUGUGUCUCUCCAAACAGGGAAAUGUCAUCAUCUAGAUACUUAUCUCUGAAGAAAAUGCUGUCUCAGAGCUAUUCAGAGCCACCUUCACAGUAUCCAUCCCCAGGAAGAGAGGAUUUACCUUCUCAUAGCCAAGUGACAGCAGAUGAAAAAAUGCAAAGUUUAUGUAAAACUCAGCAUGGAAUAUCAUCUUCAGUGCCUCUACCUCACAGGUCCCUUGAUAAAAAUAAGGAGCUGCAUGAAGACCCUAAACUGAAGACAGAAUCCAGGAGCCCAACAAUUUCACCAGGCAUCAUUCAACAUCUCUAUUUCAGACCUUUGCAGUCGCUCCAUGAAGUACCCAUUCAUGCUCCAAAUCGAGUGGAAGACUAUAUUUUUAGUCAUCUCCCCUUGCACUCCCAGCAGUUACCCAGGAGCCCUUGCCCUAUGAUCCCAAUUGGGGGCAUACAAAUGGUCCAGGCAAGGCCCAGCAGCCAUCCCAGCUUGGGGCAUGGAUCAGUGAUGUCACUGCAGGCCAGCUACUUCGAACAUGGUGGAAGCACUUCUGAAUUCAGCCAGAUGAAAGCAAGGGGCAAAGAAACUCCAGACAGACACGAACCUCCUUCUUCAUCAGCAACCUCACCACUUCAAAGCAACAUCUGCAUGGAAGAGAAAACAAGGACUAGUGAGCGUCAGCAAAUAAAGUCCAAGGAGGGAUACAGGGUAAAAAAGUGUAGUUCAGAGCAGGACAGCUGUACAGCCACCGAGAUUAGUUCUUGCCCAAAGGGGGAGUGUUCUCCAAAGCCUUUGGCUCAUGGAGAUGGACCCUUCACCAAGGAGGGGAAGAAAUACGGUGGCGGCUUAUGCACUACUUUCAAAUCCACCUGCACUUUUAUUUCAAGCGUCCCCACACAGUCACUGGACAGGAGCAGCAGCACGGGCUGCUUGUUGGAGCACUCAUCUGGCCAACCCACCCAGCAGCUCUCCACCAGGAGAAGGAACCUGUCAGGAGAGCCAGCCCCGCAAGCAGGGGCAUAUAGGAGAAGAAGUCCAUCCUUGGAACAUGCUGUGGGCUUUGGCCUAGCUCAAAGGCGAGUGGAGAACAGUACAGGAAAUACUUAAGCCCUUGCUCUGUCUUGUCAGCGACUUCUCAGAUGUUACAACAGACCUUGAUCAGUGCUGUUGGCUUCAGAAUAAUCACUGCUGAAGGAAGGUCUCUCUGGUGUAGAAAAGUCAUCCUCCCUCCCUCCCUCCCUUCAUUUUACUUUCACAUUUACUUGUGCCUUUGUCAAUGCCCUUUUCUGCUUUGGUUGCUUGACAUACACACACAUACAAAACUGAAGCUACAAAUGUUUUACAGUCAUGAAAAGGAGUUAAUCAGAUCAUGUCCCUCCAUCACCAUUGCAGUGUCUGUUCCAAUGGGCUCCGAUAAAUGCAGACAGGAAAGAGUCAAGAAUCUUUUCCAGAGGAUGCACUGAAAACGUCUAGGAAAAUUGACACCUCUUCAGAGAUACUGAUUAGAAAAAAAGAAAUCUGCUCCCCUGUACAGAAAGUUAUAAUUCCCCACCCCUAUUUAUUACUUGCUUUAUUUAAUAUGUGGUGAAGUGCUUGUUAUUUUAUAAUGGUUCUUUUUUAUUAUUUGCAUUAUUCUGAUUGCCUGUAAAUGUGCUUUAAGGACAGCUGUGACUGUUCUGAUUUGGGGGGAAAAAAAGUGUUUACCCUUGAAUUGUUGAAGAAAUUAGCACUUACUUUGGGGAGGUCUUGAUGGCAAUGAAAGAUCACUCCCUCCCUCCCCUAAAAAGGGGGGAAUUGGAGAUCUCAGCAUGUACCUCCCUAAAUACAACCCACAAAAGCACUUUUUAAAAAGGGACACACAGACAUAUGAAGGGUUAUCCCCUUGAAGAAAAAAAUAAAUCGGAAGGAAAUGGAAAUAUAUUGAAUGUAAAAAAAUAUGUUCUGAGAAUGGUGUAGAUCUGUUCUUUCUGGCAGCCAUUCUUGCUUUAAUGCUGACAUUCCAUGUCGCUGCUGCUUAAAUCCAUGUGCACACAACCCUAAAGGGUGCUUUUUACCAGCCAUGAAAGUUGGCUGGUAAACGUUGGCUGAGACUUAGUUGAGAAUCUUGUUGUUGUUUUUUCCUGCUCCUGGGAUUUUGCAGUUAGAAAGCGAGCUCUGAAAUAUGAGAUACAUAACUUCAGAUUUGGAAAUAUGUCCCUACAUUUUAAAAAUGUAUCCCAAAUUUCUUAUACCAAAAAAAAAAUAAAAAAAUCCAGAUCUCACCCGAUUCCACUUUUGGAAACUAGUGCAGGGAACAAAAGAGAUCAUUGGUUUCUUACUUGCAAGAGAUUCCUUUGGAGCUAUCUUCUGCACAGUCCACAUGUGAGUGAGCAAGCUCUAAGAGACCCAUCAUGGGUGUUGAACCAGGACUUUAGUGUGGUGCAAGCCAUUAGCAAGGGUCUUCCCACCAAUCCAAGCUAAGCACAUGUUUGUGCUUGCAUCUGCCCCAGUCAUAUUUAUAUUAAUGAUUUCAUGAUAUGUUCGUCUCAAUUAGAUCACCUCCCUCUGAAAGAUGGGGUUGCUCAACUUCCCAAACUUGAUGCCCUCCAAACAGGUUGGAUUUCAACCUCUAUAGUCUCAAACCAGCAUGGUCAUGCUGGAUGGGAGACUAUAAGAACUGAAAACAGCACUACUUUUAAGACCUCAUAUGUGGGAAAAUAUUCAGACUCAAUGAAGAAAGCAGGAAUAUUUAAGCCUUUUAGUUUGGUUUUUGCAUAGUUUAUCCUUCCCUCUCCCAACUAUUUGAAUAAAUGCAACCAUUUGAUCAUGUAGAGGGCCAGGUUUCACAUCUAGGUGAUGCAGUGGUGAACAUUUAGCCACUAUUUUAUUUUUCUUUUAGAGUACAGUUUUAAGACGUGCCCACCCAACUGCUAACCAGUUGGUGCCACAUACACAGAAAUCAUGCCAGAAUCAUGCAACUCUGCCUUGUUCAUACCAUUUUAAAAGUGCAACUGUUAAAAAGAAGUGUUUACUCUGAUAAGAGAGAGUGCUCAGCAUUUAUUUGAAGAGUCUGUAUGGAGUCUGUACAAAUGCUUUUCCAAAUGAAGCCAGCCCCCUCCCCCCACCCCCACAACAGAUCCACAAAUAUUUAUCCAGUGGACCAGUCCUGAGCUGUCUUAAGAUGUUCUGAAUUUACUCUGUGCAUGCUCUCUCACUUCCCCCAAAACAGGAAAAAGGGGGGAAAGAAAAAUCCUGAAUGAGUUUAUUUUACUAAGCUGGCUUGAUAAAGCCAUAGACUGUUGGGUUUUGCAUAAGUGAAGAACACAGAAUGGGUUAAAUAAUCUUCUGAGAUGUAUCAUUUUAUGUAUUGUAUUGAGGAAUUUAAGAAAACAGGAUGUCGGGCCUUUUUGUUUGGCGGUCUUGUGUGCAUUUAGUCAAGGUAACAUUGACAUUGUGAAAGCAACCAAACCAACCCUGGAAUUGCAGAGUUCACUGGAAAACUCCAUGAGCGGUCUUCGACAUUUUUCCUUUGUUUACUUCUGCUUCCGAUACCUCUUUCAGGGCUGAGGUCCAGCAUGACGGUGCUGUUGUGUUUGCACUGGAAUCCAGCAUCUAUAGCAAGACCUUGGAGGAGGUCUGAUUCAAUUUUCUCCUGUGGCAGAUCAUGGGGUACAAACAUCUACUACUGGAUUAAAUAGAAUAGAUUGCACCAACAGAAAUCAGCACUACCUUGUAUUGACUUCAGAGGACUCCCCCCCUCCACCCGUCCAGCACUGAAGGAGCAAUCCUUGGAUCAUCAUCUCUGUGGCAAUUGCUGGACACCAGUAUUUCAUCUCCACUGAGGCUUUGAAUUCCUGGGUGGUUUCUUUUCCUUCCUCUUUCCCAGCCAGCUUUCCAUGCAGCUCUUUAUGGACCAAAUGGUUUUCAGUAUUGAAACUGUACAUGAGCCAUGAUUGGACACUCUCAUGUCUUUUAUCCAUUCAUGCUUUAACUGUGCCUGGUUUCAUUUGGGGGCUAGAUCAAAUGCAACAUAAUGCUCAGGGUUUUCUGUUUUCCCAGAUUUUGCCUGUUUUCCUUUAACUACUCCUCAUUUAGAUGCAAUGGAAGUCACAUUUCUUUUCCAUUGCAUGGAUUCAAUGAUUUGUGGUGGAAUCUAUGUUCCCAGAGCUAAUACUAAUAAUUAGGAUAUGUUUACUUUUUGUUUUGAUACCGUUCUGUCUUCCUUCAGUGCUCUGCAGAUGGAAGUAAAUUUUUGUCCACUGUAAGGUGGCUUGGUGUUAUCACUGCAUAUGUCAGAAUGUUGCCUGUAAGGGUACUUUAUUUUGGGGAGGGGGACCCUGAGAUCUCUUAUCGGGACCACAAUGCUCCUAGUAUAGGCUGAAUGGCAGAAGACCCAACAUACUAUGCAAUGCAUUGUAACUUUUUGUGAUAUCUCCUCACAUUUUAGAGGGCUCUACUUGAAUUCCUCCUUUUCAUUUCCUGAUUGAGAUCUAAUGUUUGCCUAGAUCCUGGAUAUUUGUACCAGCACACCUGCCAGCAGCCACUCUUUGCCCUUAGCAUGGCAUAGUUUAUAUUUGGCAUCAUCCAGUUGCUUUGGGCUUCAGCUCCCAUUGGCUCUAGAUGGCAAGGCCAGUAGCAGGGGACUGUAGGACAUGUAAUCCUAAACAUUGAAAGGCCCCCAAGUUGUGACCUCUAGCUUGUUUGAUAAGACACGAGCCUUCUAUUGCAUAAAGAGUGUCUGUUAUAAACACUGAAGCAGAUCUCAGAUUGACUUGUCUGCUAGUGGAGUUCUCGUUUUCCUAAUAUUUAAUCAGAGACCAACUGAAAACGUGUGUGUGAAAAAGCUUUGAGUUUGUGAUGCAAGAAAAAUAAAUGGGAGCAGUCCUCUCCCAUCACUCAUUUUUUUGCCAGCCAUCUCAUCUCCUGGGUCUCUGGGGCAUUUCUUGUUGGCCAACCAAGAACAUUGGUUGACCAGAUGGAGUUGCUUUCCUCUCGGCAAGCUACUUAACACACUAAGGGCUCAAAUUGUAUGGUGCUGAGCACUCUAGGCAGACCUAGCAAAGCCUUAAGCAGGUGCUUAACUGGAAGCACUUAAAAUUGCCCCAUUAAAAGUCAAGGACCGGGUCAAUCACAACAUUGUGGUGCUAUAAGGAAAGCUAGGAGACAGACAUUAGGUGGCCCCCAUGAUCUCAGACUACGAAAACUGAACAGAGUCUCAUUGCUAUUAACAGUGUCUUUUUAGAGGUAAUUUUCCCCCCAUGUAUCCUAAGUUUUACUUUGGAGUAAAUAUCUCUGAGUAUAAUGCCAUUUAUUUCAGAGUAAGCAUGCAAAUGAUUGGUCAACAAAACGUUUCGAUCCGAACUGGCGUGAACUUGAAGUGGGCUGUUCUGAAUAUUCUGGGAAUAUUUUGAAUUCAAAAUGCUCAAAAACAGCCCAGUUUUAUGCUCGAGACAGCUGCUCCACACUGGAGGCAGGCCAUUUUAACCUGGGGUUAUUUUGAAUUUGAAAUGAUUUGAAUUGAUACUUUUGUGCACCCCUAAUCUAUGUAAUUGAGCUGCAGAUUCUGUGGGUUGUUUCUAAAUACCCCCCUCCCCCAGCUUUUAGUUUAAAAAGAAGGCAGAAUCAUU